AGACAGACAUGGCGCUGCGAGGACUGAAUGCUUGCGCUCGUAUUAUGCUGACCGAUUCAUCCAGAGCUGCAGUGCUUCGAGGAGCCAUUAAAUCAGACUGCGUAAAAUGUCGACAUGGAGCUAAACGUUAUCUCUUGUCUGAAGAUGUGGUGAAGCUGCAGGAUUUUCAGCAGAGGAAACUUGCUGUUGCCCACCAAGUGUCAAGAUCAAAAGGUUAUUACUUUGAUACAGUAAAUCAGAAAAUGGAGAAAAAACAGCUCAUUUUAAAGGAUGAAUUGAAAAUACUUCUGUAUUUAUGCCAGUCUGCUGAAGAUGUUUUUAUGGCGAGAAAUGCUAUGUACAGGUACCAUGAAGAGAAUCGUAACAUGGCAUUUGGGGAAUUCAAGUUUGGCCCUCUUUUCAUGAGGUUAUGCUAUGAGCUGGGUUUAGAGGAGCUGGGAGCCAGAACCCUGACAGAUCCAGCUCUCAAAGGAUUCUUUUCAGACUCUACAUCCUUUAAUAUUGCUAUCGACAUGCUUUUCACUAAACAGUGUUACAAAAGUUGCCUGGAGGUGGUGGGAGAAAUGAAAAAACAAGGAGUGCCAUUCAGCAAAGACACCUUCGUACUAGCCUUUGCAACUUGUUAUAAACUGAACACCUCAAAGUCGUAUCAUAUCUGUUUGACCCUGUUGGAAGAAAGUCAGACAAAAGGCAGCCUCAUUCCUCGACAUGCCUACUGCUUUGCAGCUGCUCUUGCUCUCAAACAGAAUGAUAUAGAGAGAGCCCAGGCAUUCUACUCUCAGAUAAUGAGCACGGACAGUCGGCUGUGCCAGAACCUAAGGGUUCUCAUAUUGGCUAUGAAAGGGUCCAUGAAAGAAGCAGUCUCUGCCCUCACAACAGCCCUAGUGUCAAAGACUCCAGUGUUUGUGAAGAAACCAGAGUUCUCUCAGGAAGUGGUUAAUGCAUUGAAGAACAAGAGUGUUGGUGGGCUGUGGGAGGGGAAGGUUGAGCAGGUGGUGAGACGGUUAGAGGAGGCCGGGCAGAUCACCAAGCAGACCAUCGAUGAUUUCUUGUGUCACACUCCCUCUAGGAGAAGGCCUCUGGGAAUAUUGGAGCAGGAAAGAAAAACUAGCCGAAGGACUCGUAGAACUCUGCAGUCCACACUACUGCUAGAGUGAACCCAUAGGGAGUUCAAGACACUCAGAUUUAGUGUAUUAUAUUACAAAAGCAAAGAUGUAUUCUUAAACUGCACACUCUGAAGAUGCAGCCAAUUCAAGCUCAGGCUUUGGCAUCAUCUACCUCCCAUGUUUUCUGCCAGCUACUGUUACCUUCAGUUGUUGAAAUCAAGUAAGGAAUUGAAUCACUUUAAUAAAGUGAUGUUUUUCUAAUUUAAGAUCUUGUGCAGUUUUGUAUUCCUUUUUGAGGAAAUGUAAGAAUUGUGAAUAGAGCAGCAGUCAGGUGAUGACUUUGAACCCUCUUAAUGUUCAUAAGAGUAUUUAAUUGUCAAUCCUGUUAAUCUACAUACAAUACUUAAAAUGGUAAUAAACACUAAAAAAACAGUGUUGAUGUGUUUUGUAUGUGGUUAAAGUGUCAUCCAUGCAUGAGAUGUAUAAAUACACAUUUUAUUGUUAAUAAAUACUGUGUUAGUAUUGAUGUUUAAACAUGUUGUUUGUCCAGAAAUUUGACAUCAAAAUGCUUAUAUGUGACCCUGGACCACAAAACCAGUCAUAAGUAGCAU